AUGAGUCCAAGUGAUAUUCAAGCGGUGCUUAUGGAGAAGCCCGUCACCGGCAUCCACCCUGUCGAGGAUGUUCUCAUGUCAUUUUCCGAUACUUCCCGACGGUCGAAUAGCCGUUCCCCGCUAUCAUGGGACAGCCUCUCAUUUAUCAACGAACCGAAGAAGCAGCCACAAUCAUCGCUCAUGUAA